AUGGACUCCUCAAGCCUUAUUCUCUUAUGCAUCUGGGUAUUCGCUGCCUUCUCCGGGGCCUCGUCCGGAGAGGCAAGACCUUUUGGUCUCGGCGUCGACAAAUACGUCUGUACCUAUCUCGGAGGUGCAGUCAUAAACGUCGAACAGGUCAAUGAUACGGGAACGGUGGCUAAGUUGCCAGCCGUACGUACUGUAUUUGCGGAAUGGAACGUGCCGUGGCUGAAAGUGCCGUCUGGUUUGAACCUCAGCGAUCCUAACAAUCGACACUCUCUGGCGCAAUGGGUGGGUAUACUCGGGGGCAAUUGCGAUGAGCCUGGCUGGUUCCCAUUCCUUCAGGCAGGGACAGCAAUUGAUAUGGAUGAAAAAGGAGUGACGGAAGCAAACGCUUGGGUUGAGUGGUUUCCGGCGGGAGCUCAUACAAUUCCAAACGAGAACAUGACCAUCAACCCCGGUGACCAGAUUCUUACAACAAUUGAUGUAUACACUCGCACCACCGGCCAUGUGCACAUGAAGAACAUCCGCACUGGCCAGGAGUACGAGACGAAUGUGACGGCAGACUCACCCGAUGACCCACAGUAUCAGAUUUGCCUCGGAAAAGGCACCGGUCAAUUCUUUCAAGAAUGGACAAUCGCAAACGAUAGGGCAGACGUACCGGUAUUCAACAAUGUCACAUUCGUCGGCGUUGGAGCUAUAGAUCGCCAUGGCAAGGCUUUCGACUUUAGCACGGGGACCGGGGAUUAUUGGAAUAUGACCGAUUCAGGCAGACAAGUUGCUAUACCAGAGGGGACGGGCCAGAAAAGCUUCGUGGUUUAUUCGCCGGAGGGGAGAAUGUGGAUUCCACCCGACGAAGAUCAUCCACCAAAGACUACCUAG